CUAGUCGAGAAUUCAGCAGUUUUCGCAGUCUGCAGAACGCUUUCUAGCAGCAAUGGGGAAGAACAAGAGAAUUAGAGACGGCGGCGGGAAGGGAGCCGCCGGCGACCACUGCCCUUCCAAGGUUUUUGUCAAGAACUUGCCGUACUCCUUCACCAAUUCGCAGCUCGAAGAAACAUUCAGUGAUGUUGGACCGGUCCGGCGGUGCUUCAUGGUUACUCAGAAGGGUUCAACUGAGCACCGCGGUUUUGGAUUUGUGCAAUUUGCCGUUGCAGAAGAUGCAAAUCGCUCUAUUGAGCUGAAGAAUGGGCUGUCUGUUGAAGGACGAAAAAUUACUGUUAAACAUGCUAUGCAUCGAGCUCCCCAGGAACAGCGGAGGUCAAAAGAAAAUCAAGGAACUAUCCCUAAAUCAAACACUAAUGAGGAUGUAGAUAUUCCUAAAAGGGAAGAACAAACAACUUCAAAUUCUGAGGGGAAAGAGAAGCAUUUGGAUGCUGGGAAACUUGCUCCACUUUCUAGUUAUCUAGUGGAUAAAGAGGGUUCAUCGGGAAAACAAAGGAUUGCAAGGACUGUUGUAUUUGGUGGUCUUCAUAAUGCUGACAUGGCAGAAGAUGUUCAUCGCCAGGCUAGAGAUGUUGGUGCCGUAUGCUCUAUUGUUUAUCCUCUUCCCAGAAAAGAAGUUGAACAACACGGUCUACUACGGGAUGGAUGCAAAAUGGACGUUUCAGCUGUACUUUUUGAUAGUGUGAAAUCUGCACGUUCUGCUGUUGCCAUAUUACACCAGAAAGAGAUGAAAGGGGGUGUUGUAUGGGCCCGCCAACUGGGUGGGGAGGGGUCCAAAACUCAGAAAUGGAAACUUAUCGUUAGAAAUCUUCCAUUUAAGGCCAAAGAGAAAGAAAUAAACAGUACCUUUUCGUCUGCAGGAUUUGUAUGGGAUGUGAUGAUGCCACAUAGUUCUGACACAGGUUUAUCAAAGGGUUUUGCGUUUGUCAAAUUUACAUGCAAGCAGGAUGCUGAAAAUGCUAUUAAAAAGUUCAAUGGUCAAAUGUUUGGUAAAAGGACGAUAGCUGUGGACUGGGCUGUUCCAAAGAAGAUAUAUAGUACUGGUGCUAAUGCUGUGGUUGAUUUAGAAUCAGGGGAACAGACUGAAAGAGACAGAGAAGGUAGUAUUAGUAGUGAUAGUGAAGAUUUGGAGACUGCAAAUAAUGUUGUCCAUGUCAAGUCUCAACACUCCAACAAAGAUCAAAGUUCUCUAGAGGAUUCGGAGAAAGAAGACAUCUCCUCAGAGGUUGAUUUUGAAGGAGAAGCAGAAAUUGCAAGGAAAGUUCUUGAAAAUUUAAUUACAUCUUCGGCUAAAGAGGUUCUUCCUUCUCUCGUUGAUGGAAACCCACCAUCUAAAGUGAACAAGGAGCCAGAUUUAGAUUCACCCAAGAAGUCAUCUGAUAUGUCUGACAAAGUAACAGAUGGGCCUGGAAAGUUGAGUGAUAGCAAAACAUCUAUUCUUAAGCAAACAGAUGAAGAAGAUGAUUUGAAGAGAACAGUUUUCAUAGGCAAUCUUCCUUUUGACAUUGAUAAUGAAGAAGUGAAACAACGGUUUUCUGGAUUUGGUGAAGUACUAUCCUUUGUGCCAGUCCUUCAUCAAGUUACAAAGCGACCUAGAGGCACUGGUUUUCUUAAGUUUAAAACAGUCGAAGCUGCUACUGCUGCUGUUUCUUCUGCAAAUGUUGCAUCUGGCGUGGGAAUAUUUCUGAAAGGCAGGCAACUGAAAGUAUUGAACGCCCUGGAUAAGAAAUCAGCUCAUGAAAAGGAAUUGGAGAAGUCCAAAAAUGACAAUCAGGACCACCGGAAUCUUUACCUUGCACAGGAAGGUAUUAUUCUUGAGGGAACUCCAGCUGCCGAGGGAGUUUCUGCUAGUGACAUGGAGAAACGUCAAAGGCUGGAAAAGAAAAGAACGACUAAGCUACAAUCUCCAAAUUUUCAUGUUUCAAGGACUAGGCUUGUGAUACACAAUUUACCAAAAUCAAUGAAAGAGAAAGAACUUAAAAAGCUUUGCAUUGAAGCUGUUACCUCGCGAGCUACAAAGCAGAAACCUGUGAUUCGCCAGAUUAAAUUCUUAAAGGAUGUGAAGAAAGGCAAGGUGCUGACAAAAAAUCACUCUUGUGGAGUUGCUUUUGUUGAGUUUUCCGAGCAUCAGCAUGCCCUUGUAGCCCUGAGAGUUCUCAACAACAAUCCAGAAACGUUUGGUACCGCACGUCGCCCGAUUGUAGAGUUCGCUAUUGACAAUGUUCAGACGUUGAAGCUGCGUAACGCAAAGUUACGAGCUUGGUCUCAGGAUAAUACUACAAAUUUUCCGAAAGCUCUGCAGCGGAAUGCUGAUACAAAUGCUGCGGAUAUCCUAAACAAAAAGAAUUCCAGAAAAAGGAAAGCAACAGGUGAUGAUAGGCCAGUGAAGGAGCUACAUCGAAACGAAGAUGAAAAUUCUCGUGAUGUGGUGAUGGAGGGAAGUAGAGCUACAAAAAAGCAGAAAAAACGUCCAGAAGGUGGUAAUACAAACGAGCCGUCGAAACAAAAACCCAAACCCAAAGGACGAAGAUUGAUGCCUGAAAAAUCAAGCAAGAAAUCACCAUCCUUGGAUACUGGGAAAGUAAAAGCUUCUCAGGAAGCUGAUGUUCAUCACAAAAAGAAGGUACAACAUCAACCUCAACAAGAACAGCAGAGGAAGAGGCCGAAAAAGAACAAGGAUCCGAUAGGACAAGAUACCGUCGAUAAACUCGACAUGCUCAUCGAACAAUAUAGAUCCAAGUUCUCGCAUCAGGGUUCGGAAAAUAGAGGCUCAAAACAGGUUAGAAAAUGGUUCCAAUCAUAAGUUACAAAAUUUUGCAGGCUAGGAUUGUUCCAUUGAAUCACACUUCUUAUUUGUUUUUGUUUUUCUAUUGCUCUGAAACCUGUCUGGACAAGACGGAUGAGAUUAUACUUGCAUGGGAAGUGUAACAUAUAGUAUUAUUCAGUUCUUUUUUUUUUUUUUGUAUCGAAAUAUUUAACUGUCUUUUCUUUCAAAUUACAGGAAUGAUUUUACCCAA